AGGGCCCUCCUGCAGGCUGGCCGGGGAAGGGCCCGCCGCCACCUGCGCCUCCCGUCCUCCCCGGGGAGGAGGCCUCCGCGUGGCAACCGGGACCCCCGGGGCUUGGCAGGCGGGCGCCGGGGCUCCUCCCGGCGCCGGGAAAAACAAGCGCGGCGAUCGGGCAGCGACGGGGCCGAGGGCCAGGAGGCUCGGCUGCCUUGCGGGGACAGGGGCGAUGGCGACGGAGUACGAGGGCAUCUCGCCGACCAACUGGAAGGAGAUAGUCAACAAGAAGCUCAAGUUUCCCGAAGGCCUCCUGGCGGCCAUUCAAGAUGGCCAGCUGACGAAGAUCCAGCAGAUGUUGCACGUCAGUGAUGGGAUCCUGCGGCAGCUGGAUGAAACGGAGGACCGGGCCUGGCGCGAGGCGCUCAACUUGGCCAUCCGUACCGGCGGGGCGGAGAUCACCAAGACCUUGCUACGCUUCGUGAAGUUUGACUUUCGGCAGGUCCACGAGGCCCUUCUGGUGGCAGUGGACACCAACCAGCCCAGUGUGGUCAAGCAGCUCCUGGAUCGGCUUGACCAAGAGAAGGGUAUGAAGAUGGACAUCAAGUCCUUCUCUAUGGCUUUCUUCGAUAACUCGAUCGACAACUCCCGCUUCGCCCCUGGGGUGACCCCGCUCACCUUGGCUUGUGAGAAGGACCUCUACGAGAUCGUGGAGAUGCUGAUGAAGAAGGGCCACACCAUUCCUCGGCCACACAAGGUCUCCUGCGCUUGCUUGGAGUGCUCGAACGGCAGGAAGUUUGACCUGCUCAAGUUCUCGCUCUCCCGCAUCAACACCUACAAAGGCAUCGCCAGCCGGGCCUACCUCUCCAUCGCCAGCGAGGACCCCAUGUUGACGGCCUUCAAACUCAGCCGGGAGCUCAAAUGGCUCUCCAAGAAGGAGCCGGAGUUCAAGCCAGAUUACCUGGCGCUGGAGAACCUGUGCCAGGAGUUUGCCUUUGAGCUGAUGGGCAUGUGCCGCAACCAGAGCGAGGUGACGGCCAUCCUGAACGAGCUGGGGGACGAUGCCGUGGAUGACGAUGAAGAGAUGGAUGACCAGGCCUUUGAGGAGGGCAUCCCCAACCUGGCCAGGCUCAGAUUGGCCGUCAACUACAACCAGAAGCGGUUUGUGGCCCACCCCGUCUGCCAGCAAGUCCUCUCGUCCAUCUGGUGUGGGAGCCUGCCCAGCUGGCGGGGCAGCAAAAGCCUCUGGAAGGUCUUCGUCUCCUUCUCCAUCUUCCUGGCCAUGCCCUUCCUCGCCCUGACCUACUUCUUCGCCCCCAAAUCCAAGAUCGGCAAAAUGCUGAAGAUCCCAGUGAUCAAAUUCCUGCUGCACUCGGCCUCCUACGUCUGGUUCCUGGUCUUCCUGUUGGUGGAGUCCCUGAUCCUGGAGCACCAUCAGGAGAUCUUCAUGGAGCGCAACCAGAGCAUGUGGGAGACGUCCCUUCACAUGAUCUGGGUCAUGGGCUUCUUCUGGUUCGAGUGCAAGGAGGUCUGGAUCGAAGGGCUGCGCAGCUACCUGCUCGACUGGUGGAACUUCCUGGACAUCGUCAUCCUGAGCAUGUACUUGGCUUCCUUUGUGCUCAAGCUGCUGGUCUACCUCAAAGGGCAAGUCUUCUGCUUGGAGGUCCAGCCUUCGACUCCGGAGUGCUACUAUUAUACCCAAGCUAAGCGGCUGGACUGGCACACGGAAGACCCCCAGUUCAUGGCCGAGGUGCUCUUUGCCGUCACCAGCAUGCUGAGCUUCACCCGCCUGGCCUACAUCCUCCCUGCCCACGAGACCCUGGGGACCCUCCAGAUCUCCAUCGGGAAGAUGAUCGAUGACAUGAUUCGAUUCAUGUUCAUCAUGAUGAUCAUCCUGACAGCUUUCCUGUGUGGCAUGAACAACAUCUAUGUCUAUUAUCAGCAAUCGAAGCGUCUGGGAAGCUUCAACGAGACUUUCCAGUUCCUCUUCUGGACCAUGCUGGGCAUGGAGGAGCAUGACGUGGUUGACAUGCCCGAGUUCUUCGUGGCUGAGCUGGUGGGCCAAGUGCUCUACGGCAUCUUCACCAUCGUCAUGGUGGUCGUGCUCCUCAACAUGCUCGUCGCCAUGAUCACCAGCUCUUUCCAGAAGAUCGAGAACGAUGCUGACGUAGAGUGGAAAUUUGCACGCUCAAAACUCUACCUGUCCUUCUUCCGGGAAGGUUUAACCUUGCCGGUUCCCUUCAACAUCAUCCCGACGCCCAAGUCCAUCUUCUACGCCAUCAGGGGUUCCUUUCGCUUCCUGUGCUGUUUCAAAUCGAAGAAGAGUCAGAAAUACCCGCCAAUCAACACCAUCAGCAACCCCUCGCUGGAAGAAGGGGGCAUCCGGACCGAAGGCCGCGUCUCCUAUCGGCGCCAGGUGCUCAAGGCGCUGGUGCAGCGCUACAUCGAUACGGCCAGGCGGGAGCUUGAGGAGAGCCGGAGGAAGGGUGAGGGUCUUUGGGGAGGCCCACUCGGAGGCUGAGAGUGCCGGGGAGGCAGGCUUUGGGCGCUGCCCCCCGACUAAGUUUCAAACGCUCUGGGUGCACGUCGUUCCCCCCUUUUGA